AUGUCCUACAAACGCUCGCGCAGGGACUUCGAAGCAGACCUGCAAGCCCAGCAAUCGCCCUACGUUCUCUUUGGCACCCCGCUGCCACCGUCUGACCCGUCUGUCCGCGACGAUGGCUCCUACGUACCCGUGUGGAAGCAGGAGGUGACCGACGACCGAGGCCGCAAGCGUCUCCAUGGUGCCUUCACUGGAGGUUGGAGCGCCGGCUACUUCAACACCGUCGGCUCCAAGGAGGGAUGGACGCCCAGCACGUUCGUGUCCUCGCGAACGAAGCGCUGGAAAGAUGACGACAAGAAGGGCGCCCAGCGGCCCGAGGACUUUAUGGACGAGGAAGAUCUUGCUGAGAAAGCCGAGAACGAGAAGCUACAGACGGCCGACGGCUUCGCUGGCCUGGGCUCUACGCAACGGGAUGGCGCCAACCAAGGUGGACUGGCAGGUCUGUUCCGCGUCCAGGGCGACACCAUGGGCGUGAAGCUGCUCAGGCGAAUGGGCUGGAAGGAAGGCCAAGGCAUUGGGCCCAAAGUCCGCCGGAAAGCGCGUCUUGAUAUUGGGGGCAAGCAUCAGGACAACACCGAUACUCACCUGUUUGCACCAGAGAACGUCCAGAUGAUAGCUAUCGUCAAGAAACUGGAUCGCAAAGGUCUAGGCUACGCCGGCGAGUCUAAACUGACUCCCGUCUCCACAAACACAAAGGCCAAGGAUCAAGGAAGCUCAGACGAAGAGGAGGAGUAUGGAACACUGAUACGUCCACCAAGCUUUAAAAAGAAGAAGCCCAAAUCAGUCCGAGGAGGAAUCGGGAUUGGCAUCCUUAACGACAAUGGCUCGGACGAUGAGGAUCCAUACGAGGUCGGUCCCCGAAUAUCAUACAACAGGGUGACUGGAGGAGAUAAGAAGAAGAAAAAGGCUUCAAAUACAACGAGCGCAAACCCAAGUUUGCGCUCUGCGCCCGUGUUCAUUUCCAAAAAGACUGUGCUAUCGAAAGCAGGGAAGAACCUGAAAAGAUGCCACGAUGGCCGUUUUCCUCUGGAGGGCUUCGUAUUUGGUAUGGCAUCAGAAGACCUCACAUCGGCAAUAAACUCCCAGGGCAAAUAUCCUCCACCGCAAAUCCCGCCAGGUUGGAAGACAAGCAAGCUGAAAGGAGGCACUUCGAGCAACUCGGCUUACACGUCCACUGCCGAUGCUGCCAAGGCCUCCCAACUCGAUCCCAAAUCACGAGCUGCUCUUCUUGGAGAGUCUCAGUUACCUGGAAAGUCCGUCUUUGAUUUCCUGAACCCGGAAGCGAGAAGUCGAAUUGCGGUUGCUACAGGAAAAGAAAACCUUCCACAAGCCCUAGGAGAAAUUCCGGCUGGAUAUGCUUUGACGCCCGAAGAAAAGCAACGCGAAUUACUGGCCCAAGUUCCGAAGCUGGAAAAGGAGACCGCCAUAGCUGCCAUCACCCGCGGCGCUAGUGGAACCGCCCCCUAUGCAGACGACGAGGCCAAGCGUACUCGAUAUCGAACGUAUCUUGAGUACUCGGCAGGCUUUUCCAAGGCCUCUCUUCCCAGCAAAUUGGCGUCACAAAGCAGCCAAGAUUGGUUGAGAGAGCUACGUGAGUUCCAUAGCUGUGCCAUGAUCUUCCGCCCAAUGACCGGAAUGAUGGCAUCUAGAUUCACAACUUCUUCAUCGUCAAAGUUCAUUGGUGGCAACUCUGGAGACAGUGAUGAGCUUGUAUCAAAACCGGCGCCCAAACCUACCGAUCCAGCUGAAGAAGCCGCAAAGAUGGGAAUGUACGGCACCAUGACAAGAUCAACGACGGACUUUUAUCCUACUAGGCUGCUGUGCAAAAGGUUCAAUGUGCCCGCGCCGGUUCAUGUCCAGCCUGACGCCGAACCUGAUUCUGCUUCAAAGAAUACUGCAAGCGCCUGGAAUAUGCCAGCUCCCUCGAAUGGCCGUGGCAGUGUGGCCAUGACUCUGGAUGAUUUGCUACAGCAGGCUCAAGCCAAUUCCUUGGAUGCGCCGCUUGCUCUCAAGGUGACAGAAGACACUGCCGAACUGGUGAAACCUGCUUCAACGGCCACAAAGGUCGAAAUAGAUUCCAGUGUAAACGAGGCCGUGGAGGGUAACCGAGCACAAGAUGAUGUCUUGAAAGCCAUUUUUGGCGAUAGUAGCGAUGAUGAAGAUUGA